CCCCCGGGGCCUGCCAGCCACGCUGUGCCUGGACACAGUGGUUUGACGUGGACUUCCCUACCUCUGGCAGCGACGGAGGAGACAUGGAGACCUUGGAGAACAUCCGAGCUGCCGGCUUCCAAAUAUGUGCAAAGCCUGAAGCCAUUGAGUGCCGGGCAGAAAACUACCCUGACACCAGGCUGGAGGACCUGGGCCAGAAACUUCAGUGCAGCCUCAACACUGGGCUGGUGUGCAGAAACAAGGAUCAGAUCAGCAAGUACCCCAUGUGCUUCAACUACCAGGUCAGGCUGCGCUGCUGUGACCACCAACACUGCGAGACAACUGUAGCACCUCCAACCACCACCGCAAGGUCCCCAACCACACCUUCUCCUGUAGAAACCUCCACUGCAGCAACUACGACUCCAGCAACAACCACUACAACCUCUACAAUCUCUAAGACUCCGUGGACAACCAGUACUGGCACUACAGUCAUUCUCCCAAGCUCUGUUUUUUCUACUCGAGAAGUAUCUACAACUGGUAUACCACAAUCAACUCACCUUACAAGAAGCACUUCUACAACCUUCAGUUCCUCUCCAAGCACACCUCUUGCAACAGAAGAAAGUACAUAUGUUACGUUAAGUCCAACAACUCCAUGUUUUUGUCACGUGCUUGGUGACUUGUUUUCUCCUGGGGAAGUUGUAUACAACAGAACAGAUAGUGCUGGCUGUAAUUUUUAUGCACUUUGCAACAAGGAAUGUGAAGUUGACCCAUUUCAAGGGCCAUGUCCUUCAACAACUCCUUUCACCUCAGCAACCUCAGAAACUACAACACAAGCCUCAUCAUCCACACAACCUGUAUUUUCUUCUGCCUCACCAACCACAGCAAUACCCCUCACAACUUCAGUAGAAAGAAACUGUACUGAUGUCAAUCCUCCACGAAAGCCUGGAGAGAAAUGGAAGAGCGAAUGCCAGGAGUGUGUCUGUGACCCACUCACUGUUACUGUGCAAUGCCAGACACCCCCAUGCCAAACAAAUGAGAUACUUGCUUGUCCAAAAGGAUUUGUUGUCAUGCCUGUACUAUCAGAAGACCCAUGUUGUCCUCAAUAUAUAUGCCAAGUAAUACCUGAUAUUUGUGUGGUCAAUGAUACAGUUUACAUGGUUGGAAUGUCCACAGUAAUUGACUCAUGUAAGAAUUGUACCUGCACUUCUGAAAAAGAUCCAAUGACUACCCAAAACAUUCUGCAAUGUGAACCAGUUCACUGUGAAACAUCUUGCCCCUUGGGUCAUGAAUAUAAGAUAGAGCAUGGAGAGUGCUGUGGAAAGUGUGUUGAAGUAGCCUGCAGAAUCAAACUAAGUAAUAACACUGUUCAGGUGCUCAGUCUUGAUGAGAUCCUGCCACUCGAUCACUGCAGCUAUUACAAAUGUGAAAAAAUUGAAGAUCAAUUUGUUGCAGUCCAAACUAAAAAAACAUGUCCCGAAUUCAUGCCAGGAGAAUGUGAUCCUGAUGAAGCAGAGACUACUCCUGAUGGCUGCUGCAAGAUAUGUAAACCUCCAAACUGCAAAGCUUACAGCAAAAAAACUGUGAUCCGCCACGGUGAAUGCGAA